CGUCCUUAGAGUCAAAGACGGGAUUUUAACAAUUUCUGUGCGGAUAAGUGCUGGGAAGUUAGUCACUGUGGUGCACGGUAAAGUGGGGUGGUGGAUAUUUACCACAGGAGGCGUGGGUAACCGUCUGCAGAAGGGCAGGGCUCGUGCAGAACUGGGUCAAGCUCGCACUCGCCCAAGCUAACCGUCAGCUCGCUCCAUCUUGAAUGUUGACACAGAAGCAUCAGUAGAUAGCGAAACACAAGCGGAUUUAGUAAGGGCCUGCCCGCAAGUGAAGUUUUACCUCCAGAAACUCGACAAGAUGUUUAAGAAAAUCGGAAACAAGAACGAUGUACAGCAGGAGUUCCAGUGUACGAUCAGAUUUCUGGACGACUCGGAGCCUAUGCAGAUAACAUUUCGAAAGGAAGCAGUUGGACAGUGGUUGGUGGAUCAAGUGUGCUCCAAGUUGAAUCUCGUAGAGAAGGACUAUUUUGGGCUGAGAUUCGUUGACGCAGAAAAACAGCGGCAUUGGUUAGAUCCGUUGAAACCCAUUCACAGACAGCUGAAAGGAGUCACCCCCACGGUGCUAUGUUUUCGUGUCAAAUUUUACCCAGAUUGUCCCAGUAAACUACAUGAAGAAAUAACCAGAUAUUUUUUGUUCUUACAACUGCGUCGAGAUUUGCAGCAUGGCCGGCUUCUCUGCACGCCCACUGAUGCAAACAUCCUGGCAGCUUACAUCAUCCAAUCGGAGGUGGGUGACUACGACCCAGAAGACCAUCCCCCGGGGUAUGUGGCCGAGUUUAAGAUGUUACCAAAACAAAACGGCAAGAUGGAGGAGAAAAUCGCAGAACUACACCAAACGCUUGUUGGGCAGGUCCCAUCUGAGGCAGAAGCUAACUUCCUGAAAAAGGCCUCCACCCUGGAUACAUACGGAGUAGAUCCCCACCAAGUGAAGGAUCAGAAGGGGAACCAGCUGUAUCUGGGCAUUACACACCAAGGGGUCCUUACAUUCCAGGGGAACAGAAAAACACACCAGUUCAAAUGGUCUCAAAUUCACCGCAUUGCUUACGAGGGGAAAAUGUUCAUCGUACAUGUGGCAGCCAAUGAGGAUGAAGCUCUGAAAAAUUCAAAGAAAAAAAACCAUGCAGUAGGCUUUAAAUGCCCAACAGUGCCUGCCUGUAAAUAUUUGUGGAAGUGCGCAGUGGAACAACAGCUCUUCUUUACCUUGUCCUCGUCCAACAAUGCCCCAAAAGUGAAAUCAGGAAGUGGCUUCUUCAGCAGAGGGUCAAAGUUCAGGUUCAGUGGUCGGUGUUUGAGUGAAGUGUAUGCUGCUAGUAACAACAUUAGGAGAGAAGAACCCCCAUUCACCAGAUCUGCGUCCAAUCCGAACUUUGCUCGCAGAGUAAGCAGUAAACAGUCUCUGAAAAACACCUCAUUGCCCGCAGAAGCUAUAAAAGAAGGCCUCAAACGACCUAAGGAAUCUGCUGUGGAUGUUCCACAGACUACAGAAGCUGAGGUCGUGAGGGAUUCCAUUCCACGAUCGGAGCCCAUUUCAAACUUUCAGUCCCCUGCCUUGACAGAGACAAAACAGCCAGGAGACCCUCCUGUAGAGGAAGUCUCAAUCAGGACACUCAAGACAGAGCCCAUUGCUACCAUAUUAAUGGAUGCCCCACCCAACAACUCAUACUCGCCAAUGCCCAUGUAUGAGCCAGAUGAUACCCUGGUUGGAGAUGAGGAGGAAACAAAGCCUAAGGACCUGGACUUACAAAUCCGGGAGUUGGAACAACAGUGGGAUAUGAUCAAAAAUGAGCCCCAGAACCAUGUUGGCAGCAACAAUGUGGCUGGAAUUACCAAGACUGAGGCCAACCAUACCGGAGCUGCAGCACCAUCAGCAAAACCAACCAAACCCAAGGGUGGAAUCUCUUGCGUGAAGAUUUUGGGAUACACCUUCUUCUUUGUGGUGUUUUCUCUAACGGUCAGUUUGGCAGCGGUGUGGUACUUUGACAUCCAGCAUCCAUACGCCGAUUUGGCCCGGGAACAGAUAGGUCGCCUUCAGCCUGUCAAAGAUUAUGUUGAUGAUAGGCUGGGAUCAUGGUUCAAAUCGUAAAAGAUAACAACAACAACAACAACAUUUCAUCAUUUGCACACCCAUUCCGCAUACAUAUAGUAACAUAGGCUGACUUUAUUGGUGACUUCAAAAAAGCAUUUCACUAACUUGCACAUGACAAAGUGUUAUUUCUUUUGUUUUGGGAGGAUUAAAGCCAUUUAGGUGUGUCUUUUUUUUUUUUUUUUUUUUUUUUGCAUUUCAGAUGGCCUCAGAAUACUUUUUAAAUUUUUUUUUGACUUCUUAAGAUAUAAUGCUGCUCUCAUUGACCUUUAUAAAAUGAAAGAAAAAUGUAUAUAUUUUUACAUCAGCACUUUGUAUUUUAUUUUGUAAGAAAGCGGAUGGUGUCACCUGUGUGUCAUAUAUGACAACAUCAUUUGUCCAUGAACGUCUUUAAAAUGCAGAUAAUGGCUUUCCCCCUUUUUUAAAAUAAAAUCACAAAAUUAUGUGCAAUCUAAGAACAAAUACAUGUAUGUGCUAAUGUGCAAAUGGUUUGGCAACCAGGAAGAAUUGCGGUUUUUAAUACACAUUGUGAGGGCAGCUGGCAUUUAAGUGCAUUAUGAUGGCAUCUACGUACAUUAUGAUGGCAUCUAUAGAUGAUACUUUUUUUGUCUGCAUUAUUGUAACCUCUGAAGCUGCUCUCCUGUAUCUGGUGGCCACCUCUUCUGUUGUACAGCACUUUGUUUAAUUUUUACUCUACCAUAAUAUAUAUAUAGAUGUAUCAAGCUGCUAUUUUGUGUUCUGUAUUCAUUUGUCUGCAAGACAGUACAUUGCAGACCUUUUGUGCUUUAUCAGGUGUAUUUUUAAUACUAUGCGUAUGUUACAAUUACAUUCUCACUCCAUGUUUUCGGUUGAGCAAAGAAAGGUUGGAGUGUCCAGAAAGCUUGGAUGUGUUUACUUUUGAUGCUAGGUGUAGGCUUGUUACUGUGCUACAGACAUUAUUGUAGGAUAAAGAGUGUGUGGGGAAAGCGGGAAAAAUGUGCAGACUGUACAUAACAAGACAUGUUUCACGUGGCAAUGUGAUGUGCAAUCACUGUAACAGAAAUGUAUUGAAUCAGAGUAUCUUUACAGGGAGGGAUUUGUUUGAUUUGUUUUGGAGUAGUAACGGAAGGCCAUAUAUGCAUAAGGAUCACUAUUAUGGCACUGGUGGAUAAAGUUGGGUCAUAUCAUAGGUCUGUUGGCGGAGUGAGGGUGGUACUAAACACUAACACUAAAACUUAGGUCCCUUUAACAUGCUGGUAGAAUCACGUGUAGUUUGUCAACCCCUAGAUGUUACCCUUUUCAGUGUUGUGGUGUUCACCGUUUCGCAUCUGCAUAGCUAACACGGAAAGGGUCUCUAAAUUUGUUGGGGGAAAUUAAAAAAAAUGAAGAUGUUAGACUUUUGUGAGGGUUCAUUCCAUUUGUGGAAUUUGAAACACUGGGUUUAGUAAAUUAUAGACUAUGGAUUCGUUUAAUAUUUCCCAUUCUAACAGAUACUAAUUCAUUUAGAUGACACCCCAAAGAAACUAGGAUUAACUGAAACUGUAAUUGAGGCUGAACCAAUAACAGUAGGGGACAGGAAAUGUUCAUUGAUUCUGGCCCCAAACAGGAUCACCACUUCAUGUGUACAAAUUUUAUAAUGUUUUUGGAGCACAAGAUAUUUGUUUGAACCCAGCUUGUAUGUGAAUAAUAGUAUGUUGUUUGUAAAUCUUGUAACACUUUCUCACAUUUAUGUAUACCAUAGAUAGUUGGGUGGAUUCUCCUUCCAACAAUUUUAUCCUAUGUUGUAUACCUUUACACUUGUUAUUUCUUUAGCUCGGUGUUUACAAAUACCAUGGAUUGGUAACAUUGUUGUUUUCUGACCAACAGGUCUUACUAGAUAUGAGUGUAGCGUCAGUCUCAACACGAUAAUGCUAAUCUGUCAUGGCUAGCUGGUGGUACUCCUAUGUAUGCUGUUGGUUUUUAACAUACUUUUUAGCAUGAUUAUGGCAAUCUGCGUAGACAUGGUUGUAGGAUAUGGAAACUAGAGUGUGUGACAUUUGUUUUUAUCAGGACCUUGGCAUAUUUUAUAAACAUUAAAUGAAACAUUAUGAUGACAUGUAAAAUUUGCUUUAAUAUCCUGUAAAUAUUUUAAUGCUUUUAUUGAAAUAAUAGUGAUGCUGAUAAUGUCAACAUAUCAUUGGGAAGCACAUCUUUGUUUGGGCAGAUUGGUCUUGUACUGAAAUACCAUCAAGGUUCUUAAGUUCUGGCUAAGGGAAAAUUUUACAUCCAUUACUGUACUGUUUUCUGCGUUAUUUAUCAAGGUUACACUGUUAUAUAUGUAAUUGUUGAAAGAAUUUUUUGUUUGUUCAUGUGUAAUGAUCUCUAGUAGGCUCUUGGAAUAUACUGAAACACAAAGUUACUCUAGAUAGCGUACAUGGUAGUUUUGCAUAAUGUAUUGCUUUUAAGAUAAACUAGAGCACGAAACAAGCUGUACAAGGGUUGGCUUGCAAGAAUCUGGUUAGCUGAGCAUUGCUUCUCUAGCAGAACUUGAUGAUCUGCACAUAGACUACAUCCUACUCAAGUCACUAUCAUUUUUCUGCAAUUCACAGAGAAAGACUCUUUAAACAUAGGAGUGAAAUGUUUGAAAUUUUUUAUGCCAACUUUCAUAGCCUGUCAUCUGAUGCUGUAUUGGCUCUAUACUGAAGGUGCAUUUAUGGUAGACAAUAUGUGCCAACAUGCCUAAUUGACCCUCAAUCACGCCUUCACGAACGCCAAAAAAUAACGGAUUAGUAGAGGAAGCAUUUAGAAAAUAUCAACAAACUGAACAUUUUGGUGUUCUAAGCUCCUGACGGUUAGCUGUGGCAAACAUUGUUUCGAAGGUUAUGUAUGUAUGUGUAUAUAUAUAUGUUUAUA